AUGGUUGCCGAACAAGUCAUUCAAGGCAAAGAUGGGACGAAUCUCCACGUAAGACAGUUCCAUUGCAAGGAACCAAAGGCCCAGUUGAUAAUCUUGCAUGGGUAUCUCGAGCAUUGCAUGCGGUAUGUGGAGUUUGCCGAAUUCUUGAACAAAUCGGCCAUUUCCGUGACCUUGUUUGAUAUGCGCGGUCACGGAACUUCAGGAGGAAAAAAGGCUAGUCUUGACAAGUGGGAUGAUUAUCUUACCGACGUGGAUGCGGUCCGCACUACACUCCUUCCGAAUGUGGAUACAUUUCUGCUGGGACACAGCAAUGGUGGUUUGUUGCUACUCGAUUACAUUCUACAAGGCAGUGGCACAGAGCACGAUCUCAGUGGAAUCAAGGGUGUGAUUCUCAGCAAUCCUUAUUGUGAACCAUCAGAAACCUUGGCGAAUCCAAUCAAGAAAGCUGUUGGGAAGUUCUUUGGAGCCAUGGUGCCAGAUCUUUCGAUCCCUUCAGCUCUUUCGGCUGAAGUAUUGACAAGCUGCCCAAUCAAGCAAGAAGAACAUCGGAAUGAUCCCUUGAACCAGAAAAAUGCCAAAGCUGGUUGGGCGGCAGAGGGUUUAAGGGCUCAAGCACGAGUUCAACAAAUUGCAGGGAGUAAAACCAUUGCUUUUCCAGUUCUUUAUGUGAUUGCAGAUGCAGACGUUGUUGCAUCUGUGAAAGUCAACAAGAAAGUAUCAAGCGAGCUGAAAGCGGAGGACAAAACAAUUCUUAUUCGCGAGGGAGAGAAGCAUGAAGUCUUGAACGAAGUCAAUCGCGAGGAGUUGUUUGAGACCAUUGCCAAUUGGAUUCUGGACAAGUCAGCUUAG